CUUCAUCGUACUUGAUAUACUUUCACUAACAGUAUCUCUUAGCUAUACUUUACACAUCCCACUCAAAAUGGCAUCCAACGACUAUUACAACCAAAGCAGCGGUGGCGGUGGAGGAGGAGACUACGGCCGCAAUGAACGCCGAGGAGACGGUCGUGAAGAGUACGGAAGAGACAGCAGAGAUGACCGAUACGGAUCGGGAGGAAACAGUGGUGAAUACAACAACCGUCCCUCGGGUGGGGGCGGAGGAUACGGAGAGGAACGACGACACGGCGGAAACGAGUAUAAUGAUCGUCCAUCCGGCGGUUACGGAGGGGGCAACACGGGCAGCUCUGGGUAUGGUGAUGGAGGACGUCAGCAUGGUGGAGGAGGCGGAUAUGACGAACGCCCCUCGGGUGGUUAUGGAGGGAACAGUGGGGGAUAUGGCGACGGACAAAGCAAUUACGAACAGCAUCCAAGUGGUGGACAAGGGGGCUAUGGUAACUCAGGCGGAGGACAGCACUCUUCAUCGUACGGUAACAAUGAGUACAACGACCGUCCAUCUGGCGGGUACGGAGGACAGAGUGGAGGAAACUACAGCGGCUCAGGAGCUCAACAACACUCUUCUACCCACGGCGGAAGCGGUGGCGGCAGCUAUAACGACUCAUCAGACGAGUACUCGGAAGCCGCCCAGCACGCUUCAUCUCACGCCGGCGAUUCCGGCGACUCCAGCCUCUUCAGUACUGCGCUGGGUCUUCUCUCCGGCAGCAAGAGCAAGCUCCAAAACGAAGAUGUCGACGAGGACGACGCCGUAAAGCAGCAUCAGAAAUUCUACGGCAACGGAAACAACCAGGAGCAGGCUAGUUCGCAGAACGUGGGCUCUGCUGCUGCCAUGCAAGCUAUGAAGAUGUUCACGGGUGGUAAGGAAGAAGAUGGGAAAGGUGGGCAGAACAAGUUUAUUGGUUUGGCUAUGGCGCAGGCUGCGCAGCUGUUUGAUCAGCAGAGUAGCCAGGGGAAGACGCACCCGCAAGCUACCAAGCAAGACGCCGUUGCUCAGGCUGCUCAGAUGGCGCUGAAACUUUACUUGAAGGGUGGCAGUGGAGGUGGGCAUACUGGAAGCGGUGGGGCUGGAGGCUUGUUGAACUUGGCUAGUAAAUUCCUAAAGUGAGACGUUGAAAUACGUGGGAGAUAGGUUAUCAGUAAUGAAGAAUGAAUGAAUUGAAAUUGUAAUUGGAAAUAUUU